AUGAGUCGUAUAGAAGAUAUAGAACGUCCAUUUCAACAUUGUCACCCUUUAGCUACUAACUCUUCAGUCCAUUUCGAAUUUGCCGAGUUCUCCCAAUAUCCUUAUCCUUUAGAUUUAACUGCGCCUGAUACUCCUGAAUCCAUUGGAGUCUCCUUAAUAAGACUGACCAGUCACUUACCUAUGUACCGUGUUAUGAAAACUUCUCUGUUCUUUUCUGAGGACAGAUACAGAGCUGAAAGGGCCGAUGAUGUUGAAGAUUUUUCUAAUAGCUUUGAGAUAGUAUUCAUUACUGCUGUUGAAGUGCCUGGAAUUAUGUCUUCUUCUUCUUCUUUCUCUUCCAUCGAGUUCUCCAAGGAAGUUCGUCAUGACGAGAUGGCCCUCUCCCAUAGGCAGCAACCCAUGAGUGUGUCUUUUCAAAAAUUCUUCAACAAACUCAAACCUCAGUUGAUUUCUGAAACUCCAACGACCCCUUGCUUUAAGCAAAAGGUACUUGACGUAGAUAUUGGUUUGCCAGCUGUUAAUCGGAAAAUUGAGUCAGCUUUGACCCCAAUUGAAAAGGACUUUAAGGAUGUUGAUAUAUCUGAAACUGUCACAGAUAGUCCUUCAGGAACUCAAUGA